AUGUUUAGUUGCUUAUGUGUUACUUAAGGGUUAAGCGGGCAGGUCCUGCACCUGUUAGAUUUGAGCACACACAGGUUGUGUUUACACAGGUACGGGACAUUACUAUAUAAACUAUGAUGGUUCGACGAGAGAGCGAAAGGAACAGAGGCAGCCAGGUGAGAGUGUAUAGAGACAUCUGACAGAAAUAAUAGUGGUGGACAGUGUGAAGAUGGGAGUCUGAUUUUAAAAAAAGAAAAGAAGAAAGAAAAGGGCAGAACAUAGGUGAAUAAAAUAGUAGUGAUAGAAAAAGAGAACAAAAGAGUAAAGAAAAUAGGUAAAGGGGGAAUUUGUAAAAAAUGCCAAGUUAGAUAGAUAAAAAGUAAAGGAAAAGUAAACCUAAAGGAAAGGUAAAACAUGUGUAUGAUAGAAAGAAAUUAAACAUAGAGUGAAGUUAGAAGGAGGAAGAAAGACGAAGACAUCACUUACUGGACACGUGUCUCUUCCAGGAUUUAAAGCAUCGUCAGCGAGAGACAGAGGGAGGAGAGUGGAGUUAGAGGAAAAGAGGAGGGAGAGCAAAGGAAAGAGAGGGAGGUAGAAAGUAGAGAGAGGUAGAAAGUAGAGAGAGGUGACAGUGGCAGUAACAGUGGUGUCAUAGAGCUGCCACAUAUGUCCAAGUAACAUCCUACAAGUGAAACUUCUCAUAACAGACAGAUAUUGCCACCUCUGAAAUGGGCAGUAAUAGUGCAAGCCUUCCUCCUGUUACUCACUCUAGACUGGCCCUACAGGAUUCAACCCUCACUAGUUUGGACAAAGCAUCCGAGGAGGGUGCACAAGGGUACUUCCUGCCAUUCUGUGACAUGCUUUAUGCAGGUGAGGGGGGGAGCUGGGCACCCAAAGGGCUGAUGCCAGUUGUUCACAGAGGAGAAGGCACAAAGGAACCAGAGCAAUGCCCUGUAAUAGACAGUCAGGGACUCCAUCAUGAAUUGGAGUAUCAAACCUCACUACACCUUGAAGACCACUCCCUGGAGCAAAUGCAGACCAUGGUAGUAGGAGAAGUGCUGAAAGAUAUUGAGACUGCCUGCAAACUCCUUAACAUUUCUGCAGACCCAAUGGAGUGGUCUGCAGGUAAUGUACAGAAAUGGAUUCUUUGGACAGAACAUCAAUACCGCCUCCCACAGGUUGGUCGCAGUUUUCAAGAGCUGACAGGGAAGGAUCUCUGUGCACUGAGCGAGGACAACUUUAGAGAAAGAUCACCAUUGUGUGGAGAUGUUCUGUAUGCUCACCUAGAUAUUUGGAAAUCAGCAUGGAUGAAAGAAAAGACAGGACCAGGGGAACUGAGAUACUGUGGUGGAAGUGGGGUUGUUGGUGAGUGCUGGGCAGACACUGAGGUAGACUCCUCAGGUUCUGGCCAGCCCAUUCAUCUGUGGCAGUUCUUGAAAGAACUUUUGUUAAAGCCACACAGCUAUGGGCGUUCAAUACGUUGGCUGAACAAAGAGAAAGGUAUUUUUAAAAUUGAAGACUCUGCUCAGGUUGCUCGCCUCUGGGGAAUACGUAAAAAUCGUCCAGCAAUGAACUAUGACAAAUUGAGCCGCUCCAUCCGCCAGUACUACAAAAAGGGGAUUAUCCGCAAGCCAGAUGUGUCCCAGCGCCUUGUCUAUCAGUUUGUGCACCCACUGUAAGAUGGAAGGAAGGAACUGAAAAGAAGAGGUGAGGAAGAGCAAAGAACUCAAUAAGGAGCAGCUAUAUGCUGAGCAGAGCAGCUCCUUGCACAACUGAAGCAGCUUUUAAAGCUUAUGUGCCUGCAGAGCAUGGCUUGUGUAAAAAAAAAAAAAAAAAACCAACAAAAAAACUAAACACAGCAAGCACUGCCUCCAGUGGAUAUUGCCCAAUAAGACUAUUUUGCUCCUCAAGAACCAUCAAAGAAAUGUAAUGGAAAACAUGCCAUCCCUACACCCUGCAAUAGUCUAGUUAUUUUGUGAUCUGCUUUUCCUGCUUUCUUAUGUAGACUCACUGAUCUGAGACCUCAUGUACUCAGUGACCUAGGAGGACAAUAGGAGAAGGGAGAGGGCAGGACACUUUGACCAAAAAGCCUUGCGAGCAUAUCUGAAAACUCCAGAGCAUCAGGCAUUUCAGAGGCCUGUAUAUAUCAUAUUACCUGCACCCAGAUUCCUUCAGUGAAGAAUUAGCUUUAUAAUAAAGAUUUGCUUUAAGUAAUUAACCAACUAUCCUCUUCUAUCAUUUACAGAAAUCCAAGCCAUAGCCAAGUAUUUUGCUCUUGUUUAUUAAUUUAUUUAAAAAAAAAAAACAAAAAAAACCCACACAACUUCCUUUUGCAGUGAGUGUCAGUAAUAAAGCUCCAUAUUUUGUAUAUCUAGAACCUUUUGACAGGGAUGGCAUUUUCAAGGAUUUCUUUCUCAUUGAAUAGCAAUAUUAGAUAUUUAAAUUUACUUGGCAAAUGUUGAAUUUUAAAUAUUUUAUUAUUCUGUAAUAUUUUAGCAAUCCAUAAUUUUUAUGGAUUUUGCAGGAGAAGGUAAAGACUGAAAUGUCCACAAUAUUUAUGUUAUGAUAGUGCAACUGUACAUGCUCUCAUACAGCAGCUCUAUGACCCUGUAGAAAGCCACAUUUAGCUCACCUUCUUCCCUGUUCUGUCCCUGGGACCCUUGCACAUGUGCUGAGAGCGUUCCACACCACAAGUUGAAAAGAACAGGGCCAAAUUCUGAUGUAGCAUAAUACUUUGAGAAGCGGAGGCAGUUCAAAAGCUUUUUAAACCUAACACCCUUAUACAUGCUAUCUUUAACAUAUGUGAUCUUUAACAUUUUGAUUUUAACUUACUUUCCAAUUCAGUGGCAGUUAAAGCAUUAGCAUAAAAUACGCCUAUUGCUCUAACAACAAGUGAAGGGCUACUGUAGUGCACAGAGGAACAGUAGCCCUAUGACUAAACAAUACUUUAUACCUCUGCUUUGUGCUAAGUAGCCAAGUUCUUGGGUUGGUGCACUCCUGACUGUUUCUUUCAGUUUCUAUGAUACAGUGCAUGUACAAAUAUCAAAGGACAAUAUAAAAUAUUUGUUUCCAUUACUUUGCCCUUAAUAACUUGUAGAACAUUCUUUGUAUGCAUAUAUAUAUAUUACAUCUUCUCCUUUGCAUUCCCAUGAUUGGGACCUAUUUGUUUUAAAAACAAAACAAAACAUAUAGUAUAUAUAUAUAUAUAUAUGUGCAAAAAAAAUAUAGAAUGUCAUAUAAAGCAGGGCACGCAUCAGACUUUAAGGACACAUAAAGCCUAAAUUUUACUACAAUAUAUAUGUUGGGGACAUCACCCCCACCCAAAUGGCAUCAUGUGUACUGCAUAGCAAGCAUUUUCCUCUAACAAUGCCACAAAUAGUGGUCAUUUUCCCUCUGACACAUCAUUACAUUUAAAUCUGCAAAGAGCAUACGUGUAUAAAGACCCCUUCUGCUUUGUUUGAGCACUGUAAUAGUUAAGUUAAGGUUAGGAGGAGGUUAGAAGAAAAAAGCAGGAGCAGAUAUCUAGAGCAGCAUUUCUAUAGGAAUAAGCAAUGCCAUGUCUUCACUGGCUGCUAGACUGGAGGGUGUGUUUAGUAGUCUGAGCUGGUAAGAACUGAGCAUGCCCAGGAGCCAACAAACUAAAUUCCUGAGGAAGGGGCCAAUUGGGUUAGAGUAGGAGAAGGAAAUCUAAGUUAUUAAGAAGAUGCUGGAGCCUUACUAUUAACCUUUGAACAACCAGAGUGUCAGGUAUUUAAAGAUUUUAAAGAGGCUGUUUACUGAUCAAAUUUUUGUGUUUGGGGUUUACAUGUCCUUUGAAAGUAUUGUGAAAAUGAAAUAAAGUUUAUUUGUUAUUCCAACAUUUCCUUUGACUCAAGGAAGACUGAAAUGUUGGAAUAACAAAUACAUUUUUUUCUUUAUUUCUUUUUCUGUUUCAUUCACCAAGACCUGUGAGUGCCUUGCUAACAAUUAUGUUGGCAUCCAUGAAUAAGACAUUAAUAAACUACAGUCAUAAAAAUGUUCUUUUUGUAAUACAUAUCUACGGGGAAUGCCUCAGCUCAGGACAACUGUAUCACAAUUCAUACUAUAAAUGAAAAUAUAAAUAUUCUGUGGACAUAGAACAUUAUGCCCUCAGAUAUACCUAUCAAGGUAAAUAAAUUGUACAGUAAGUCAGCCCUUAAUACAAAUUUAAGAUUUAAUUUUUAGUAUUUCUCUUGUUUUCUUUUUAUUUUGGGAUUCCCAACUAUUUUCAAUUUUCCAUUCUUUUCCUUCAAGAGGAAUUUUCUAUUUUUUAAACCAUUUUUAGGCUUCCCUUUUUAGUUAGUAGUUAGUAAGUACUUUUUCAUGUAUUCACUUCCCAUAGCUAAGUAUACACAUUCGCUGAGUACAUGAACUCACAGGCAGACAUAGGGAUUUCACAAAAAGUUUAUCACUCUGCAGUCUUUUAUCUCCCUCUCAGUUCUCACGGACAUGAUUGUCAGUAUUCAAGGAGUCAAGCCAUGGUGAGUGUAGGUGUGACAGCACAGGAAAAAUUACUUAAUGGUUUCCCACGCUAUCUUGCUAACAGUCUGAACACACACUGACUGUUUGCAGUCUAACAUGACCCUAUUAUAUUUUGGCUCCACCCUGUAACAGUCUUAGCAUGAUGGGAGCACAAGGUUAAAUAUCAGGUAAAUAGUAAAGAGAAGGUCUAGAGAGCAGAUAGAGAAAAGGAAAAAAAGACUGGGUAUUACUAAAUCUAAACAAAAUACAGAAACAGGAUCUGUAGGGUGGGUUCAUAAUAAGUUGACCCAAAACUUUCCAUAAUACAGUAUAGAACAUAUUCUGGGCCGAAUUGUAGUUAGUAGAAUUGCUAUUUAUAAUGGUUGUAUAUUAAAGGAAAAUGGUGACCCACUUCACAAUAAUUCAUUUAGUGCAGGUUUUAUAUAUUAAGAGGGAAAUGGCAGUAGUGUCCCUAAAAAUAGAUUGUUAGAGGCAAUAUCAUCUAAAUAAAAAAGAUUUUAUUUUUACCUGAAAACAGUAUUGAAAAAUAUUGUUUAUAUUAUAUCUAUAAAGAUAUAGCUUGUUUAUGGUUGCAAAAGGGACUUUAUUGAAUUAUUCACAUUUACAGGGUUCUAGCCGUUUAUAGAGCUAAAAAUGAGGUAUAGUCAGUGGUCCCUACUGAAAUCACUAACAACCUGCAACUUUAUUAACGGUAAAGGGAUUAAGUCUUAUGACAUCAAUGUCCUUGUAAUUUGUAUGAUCUAAUACUUCAUAUACUGUAUGGUGAUAUUUAGAUUUCUGUCAUGUUAUCUGAUUUUCAUAAAAAAAAAUAUUUGAACAUU